UGUGGCUGCGCCAUGACACUGAUGGCCCACCUCUCCUACUUUCUGGCCCUGUUGAUAGCAGGCCAGGGCUUCUGUGACCCCCUCCUCAGCAAGGAUGCAGGUCCCCGACCACUGGAGCUGAAGGAAGUCUUCAAGCUGUUCCAAAUCCAGUUUAACCGGAGUUACUCAAACCCAGCAGAGUAUACCCACCGUCUGGAUACUUUUGCCCACAACAUGGCCCAGGCUCAACGGCUACAGGAGGAAGACUUGGGGACAGCACAGUUUGGAGAGACUCCAUUCAGUGACCUCACGGAGGAGGAGUUUGGCCAGCUGUAUGGUCAUCAGAGAGCACCUGACAGGCUCCCCAACAUGGCCAAAAAGGUAGGGUCUGAAAAGUGGGGGCAACCUCUGCCCUCCACCUGUGACUGGCGCAAGGCAACAAAUGUCAUCCCAUCGAUCAAGCAACAGGGAAACUGCAGGUGCUGCUGGGCCAUGGCAGCAGUGGACAACAUUGAGGCUCUGUGGCGCAUCAGACACCACCAGUUUGUGGAGCUCUCUGUGCAGGAGCUGCUGGACUGUGACCGCUGUGGAAACGGCUGCCAAGGCGGCUUCGUGUGGGACGCCUAUAUGACUGUCCUCAACAACAGUGGCCUGGCCAGCGAAACAGAUUACCCGUUCAAGGGGCACCCGAAUCCCCAUAGGUGCCUCGCCAAUAAUUACAGGAAGGUGGCCUGGAUUCAGGAUUUCACCAUGUUGCCCAGUAAUGAGCAGGAAAUUGCCCGGUACCUGGCCAUCCAUGGCCCCAUCACCGUCACUAUCAACAUGAAGCUACUACAGAAUUACAAGAAGGGUGUGAUCAAGGCCACACCCACCACCUGUGACCCCCAACAUGUGGACCAUUCUGUCCUGCUGGUGGGUUUUGGCAAGGAGAAGGGGGGCGUGCAGACAAAGACAGCCUCGUCCCAGUCCCGCAAACCUCGCCACUCCACCCCGUACUGGAUCCUGAAGAACUCCUGGGGAGCCGAGUGGGGCGAGAGUGGCUACUUCAGGCUAUACCGGGGAAACAACAGCUGUGGGAUCACCAAGUACCCAUUCACAGCGCGAGUGGGCCAUCCAGUUAAGAAGCCACCAGUCUCUUGCCCACCUUGAGGCCAGCAGCUACUCCUCAGCCUCUGCCACAUGGCCACUACCCUCCUUGCCAACCCCACUCUGAGAUUCUGCCUGACCCC